CCGGGCAUCCGCAUUCAGUCUCAAUUUUGCAGAGGAGCUGGAGCCAUUUGUUUUCUGUGUUCCGGUUGAAGUUGCUGCUGCAGGGAGUUGAUAAACUGAGAUGUUUGGCAAGCCGAAAAACCACAACAUGGCGAUGACCUAUGAUGAUGUGCACAUCAACUUCACCCGGGAAGAGUGGGAUUUGCUGAAUCCUUCCCAGAAGAAUCUCUAUAAGGAUGUAAUGCUGGAAACCUACAAGAACCUCAUUUCUAUAGGAUACAUUUGGGAAGACCAUAACACUGAAGAACAUUGGCAAUGUUCUAGAAGACAUACAAGGAUUGAAGGAAACCAAAAUGGUGAGAAGAAACUUUCAGUGUAUACUCAAUGUGUUAAAGCCUUUUUUGAUGACACCCACUUUCUAAAGAAUGAAAAAACACACACUGGAGAAAAAUGGUCGAAAAUUAAGCAGUGUGGGAAAGCCUCUCCUUAUCACAGUUAUAUUCAAGUACUUAAAAGAAAACACACUGGAAAUAAACCUUAUGAAUAUAGUCAAGGUUAUAAAGACAUUGUUCUUUAUGAAACUCAUCAAAGUCAUAAAAGAAGAAAUACUGGAGAGAAACCUUAUGAAUGCAAUCAGUGUGGUAAGGCCUUUGCACGUCACAGUCAUCUCCAAAGGCAUAAAAGAACACAUACUGGAGAGAAACCCUAUGAAUGUAAUCAGUGUGGUAAGGCCUUUGCAUGUUACAGUCAUCUUCAAGAGCAUCAACGAACACAUACUGGAGAAAAACCUCAUGAAUGUAAUCAGUGUGGCAAGGCCUUUGCAUGGCACAGUCAUCUUCAAGUACAUAAAAGAAUACACAGUGGAGAGAAACCCUAUGAAUGUCAUCAGUGUGGUAAGGCCUUUGCUGAAAACA